AAAUAGACAUGUCGGCGGCGGACCGUGCGUCAUCGUGUGCCGCUUAUCCGGACACGUCGAUGUCGUCUGCGGCCGAGUCGAUUCGCGUCGUCCACUCACCAUUUAAAUAAUGGCUUCCGAGCUCUUCAGCCCCAUCAAGCAACCCUUCUCAAUACUCUCAACUUAACUCUCGUACAUUAACAAUCAUGGGCGGUUUCUUCUGGUUCCUCAUCGGUGCUGGUACGGCUACCCUAUGGAGCCACAACCACCGGAAUCAACCUGGGUUCUGUGGAAGGACGGAGUACACAGAAGGAGGAUAUGAACGAAGAGGGUUUGGACCAUGGGGCCAUGGAUGGCAUGGUCGGUAUGAUGGACAGAAUCAAAAUCCACGCGACCGUCACGACGACCUGGACGCGGCUCCUGCUCCUUCUCCUGCUCCUGCGCAGCCUCCAGUAGCCGAAGCCCAAGCAUACGCAACAGAGACACAGACAUACACUGAGCCUCCCUCAUCUCCGGACAAGGAGCGUAUCCGAGAACUCAGCCGACAGGCAGGCGAUGCUAUGUCUGAAUUAUCCGAGGCUACUCUGGAUUCACUCAUGUCGACCAUAUUGGCGGCCAAGAAUAAACUUGCAGACCGGCGCAUCCAGCGCAACUUGGAGGAUAAGCGUGCAGCCGAUGCUGCAGAGAGGGAAAAACGGUUCCCUCCUCGUUAUGUAUAACUAUAAUAUGGACGUGGACACUGCAUUCUGUAUUUCUAUGUCACCCAUCUCUAUUUUUUCUCCUUGAAUACUUGUACCUCGGCAUGUUUCAGAAGAUAAGAUUCGAAGAGGAGG